GUAGUUUUCUGUUUGUAGUUCACUCUGCAGACGGAUAUGAGUCGUCGUCAGCUGGAGUUUGAAGCUCGUCAGAUCCGUUCAGCCAUGGAGGAACAGUUGGGCUCCUGUCAGGAGAUGGAGAGGAGAGCUCAGGCUCGUGUGUCUCGUAUUCAGCAGAUAGAGAAGGACAUCCUGAGGCUGGGAGUUCGCCUGCAGGUAGAUGAAGGUCAGGGGGUGAGUGACAGCAGCGGAUUGGCCGGAGCUCAGAGCUCCAGCAGCCGAUUGGACCAUGAGCCGGCCAGUGAGGCGGGCUACUCUGUGCCUCGACGAAUCACCAGCCACCUGGGAACCAAGGUGGAGAUGGUGUACAGUCUUCUGUCCAUGCUGGGGACGCACGAUAAAGACGACAUGUCGCGGACACUGCUCGCCAUGUCCAGCUCACAGGACUCGUGCAUCGCCAUGCGUCAGUCAGGCUGUCUGCCGCUGCUCAUUCAGCUGCUGCACGGCAACGACAAGGACUCCCUGUUGCUAGGUAACUCUCGCGGCAGCAAAGAGGCUCGUGCGCGGGCGUCGGCGGCGCUGCACAACAUAGUUCACAGCCAGCCCGACGAUAAAAGAGGCCGGCGCGAGAUCAGGGUGCUCCACCUGUUGGAGCAGGUGCGUCAUUACUGUGAGGCGUGCUGGACCUGGCAGGAGAACCACGAGAGGGGCGUGGACCAGGAGGAGAACCCCAUGCCGUCUCCGGUGGAGCAUCAGAUCUGUCCGGCGGUCUGCGUCCUCAUGAAGCUGUCCUUUGAUGAAGAACACCGGCACGCCAUGAACGAGCUCGGAGGUCUGCAGGCGGUGGCAGAGCUGCUGCAGGUGGACUGUGAGAUGUUCGGUCUGAGCAGCGAUCAUUACAGCGUCACGCUGCGGCGAUACGCCGGCAUGGCGCUCACCAACCUCACCUUUGGAGACGUGGCCAAUAAGGCCACGCUGUGCUCCAUGAAGGGCUGUAUGAGAGCGAUGGUGGCUCAGCUCAAGUCUGACAGUGAAGACCUGCAGCAG